ACUUUAGAAACUAUCCUCUCUCUCUCUCUCUCUCCCUCUCUCUCUCAAAACAGAAAAAAUACAAACAAAAAACCAGCGCGGGACAACAAAGUCCAAGACGGAAAUUUAAGUGAUUCGUGUAAGAUUUUGAUUUCUUGAAGCGAAUUUCUUUGCAGAUUCUGAAACUCUUGUAGUUUGGCUGUACUGGGAUCAAAAUUGUUGGGUACUGAGAUUGAGAAAAUGGGUACUCUUGAUCAAGAUUCUAAAGCGACUCCUAUGCCUACGGAUUCUACUAAGAAGAGGAAAAGGGUAAGCAAUAAAUCUGUAGCCGAGACCCUUAAAAAGUGGAAGGAGUAUAAUGAGUAUAUUGAUUCUCAAGAUGAUGGAGGUAAUAGACCAGUUCGUAAAGUUCCUGCCAAGGGCUCAAAGAAGGGGUGCAUGAAAGGUAAAGGAGGACCAGAGAAUUCAGUCUGCAAUUACAGAGGAGUUAGACAGAGGACAUGGGGGAAGUGGGUUGCUGAGAUUCGGGAACCAAACAGAGGCCCUAGGCUAUGGCUUGGUACUUUUCCUACUGCCUACGAUGCUGCUCUUGCCUAUGAUGAAGCUGCACGAGCUAUGUAUGGCCCGUAUGCUCGUUUAAAUGUUCCUGAUGUGCUGAAUUCAACAAGCUCAUCGAAGGACAACUUCUCCUCAGCGACACCAUCUUGCUAUUCUCCAGCAGCGAGUUCUGCGGACUCUGCUACUACAUCAACCCACUCUGAGGUCUGCGUGUAUGAGGAUCCUAAGCAGAAUGUAUCUGGCCAAGCUGAGGUUUGUGGGAAGGAUGUAUCAAGCCAAGCUGAGGUUCUUGCGCAUCAUAUAUCAAGACAACAACAUAUUGAGGAUGGUUCGCAGGCAGUUGAAAAUAGCACGCUGAGGGACGAGCAGAAGAGUCAAUCAGAAAAUCCUUUGUGGACUCCAUCAGAAAAUUCCUUGGGGACCGAUGAGUGGCACAACUACUCGUUGGAUGAAAUAUUUAGCUUUGAUGAGUUGCUAGGAGGGGGUAUUGAUGCGGGGAUGAUGGCGGCAGAAGGGUACUUCAACUUGGGAUUUUGAUAGCUCUGUAGCGUUUUCUCGAGGAAGCUAUUGCUUGCGCUUUGUGCUGGUUAAAGGGUCUAUAAAUUUUAAUGUAAAACUGGUUUCUUAGUCACUUGCUUUGCAUUUUGCAAACUAGAAGUCCAAUUUGAAAAGAAAUUGUCAAUUAUUAACUGUUGUUAGGAAACAAACUAGAGUUAUUGAUCUUUUACUAUUUACUUGGUGGGCAUGGCGAAGUUUUCGCAUGGUUUAGAAGGGAUUAAUUUGUGUAGGGCUAAUUGCAAUUUGCAGUGUU